GAACCCCAACUUCUCUUCACCCCUUGUUGACCGCUGGCUCGCUCGCCUUUCCAAAUCAUCUCAACCUCGAGUUUCCCUUUUUCAUAUUAACUCAUAUAACCUAGGUUACCAUGUCGGCGCCUACUAAAAAGGGCAAGAGUGCCCAAGAUUUCUUCACCGAUUUCAUGAUGGGUGGUGUCUCUGCCGCUGUCGCCAAGACUGCUGCUGCACCCAUCGAGCGUGUCAAGCUUUUGGUACAGAAUCAGGGUGAGAUGCUCAAGACCGGUCGUCUUGAUAAACCUUACGCCGGUAUUGUCGAUUGCUUCAAGCGUACCUACGCUGACGAGGGUGUCGUAUCCCUCUGGCGAGGAAACACCGCCAACGUCAUCCGAUACUUCCCUACACAGGCCUUGAACUUUGCAUUCAAGGAUUACUUCAAAUCACUUUUCGGUUACAAGAAGGACAAAGACGGUUACGGUUUAUGGAUGUUCGGAAACUUGGCCUCUGGUGGUGCUGCCGGUGCCUCGUCUUUGUUAUUUGUAUACUCCCUCGACUAUGCUCGUACUCGAUUAGCCAACGACAACAAAUCUGCCAAGGGUGGAGGUGAACGUCAAUUCAACGGUCUGCUCGAUGUCUACAAGAAGACUUUAGCCACCGAUGGUGUUGCUGGUCUUUACCGUGGUUUCGUUCCCUCCGUUGUCGGUAUCGUUGUCUACCGUGGUCUUUACUUCGGAAUGUACGACUCGCUCAAACCUGUUGUCCUUACUGGAUCCCUUGACGGUAGUUUCUUGGCCUCCUUCCUUCUCGGUUGGGGUGUCACUACUGGUUCCGGUAUUGCCUCUUACCCACUUGACACUAUCCGACGACGUAUGAUGAUGACCUCUGGAGAGAAGGUUCACUACAAGGGCAUGUUCGACUGCGGUGCCCAGAUCGUCAAGACCGAGGGUGUUUCGUACUUGUUCAAGGGUGCAGGUGCCAACAUUCUCCGAGGUGUUGCCGGUGCCGGUGUCUUGUCCAUGUACGACAAGCUCCAGGAGCUUAUGUUCGGAAAGGUUUACAAGGGUGGAUCUGGUUAGAUGAUGGUACUCCGGUUUUAAAUCUGGAAAUUAAUGAUUACUACAAAGAAUUUGUUAUAGAAAUGUCCAUCUCCAUGUGCCUAAAAAUCCUGCAACUUUUGUUCUUCACACUGAACAUGUUUCGCACCUCAUUUUACAUGUUGGGAUCGUUCAGGUUCAUCAUGCGUUGUUCCGAUGACUUGAUUUAUCUUAUGUUUUACCUGCUUGCCAUGAAGUCAAGUGUCAGACCGAG